AUGAGCGACACCUCGCACCUCUCGCCGCCUCACACGCCCGUCUCCUCCGUCUGCUCGUCCUUCCUCUCCUUCUCGCCCGACGCGCCUCGCACACCUCGCACGCCCCUCUCGAGCGCUAUCGGCUCUCCGGGCGGCGACGUGACGCCCAAGGCCAGCAGGGACGACCCGCUCGGCGAGCUCGCGCUCGAUGCUCCGCCGGCUCGCGGCACCUUUCGCCUCGAGCCGCCGCCAGCGUCUCGACGGCGCACGAAGCAGGCGGCCGAGCCUUUGAGCCGGGAGCUGGCGCAGCAGGAGCCGUCGACGUCCGUCGUGACGAGCGGCGUCGGGUCGUUCAGCAGCCGCAACCCGUUCGCGGCCCUCAUCGGCGCCGACCCGCACACGUCGACCAAGUCGACGUCAUCCUCGUCGUCAAGCGGCGUCUAUCACUACGCGGCAUUGUCGGCGGCGGCGUCAUCGGCAUCGGGCUCGUCGAGGUCGGCGUCUCGCUCGCCCAAGGUGGACGACCUCGCGGCCAUCGACGAGCUGCUCCUCGGCUAUGCCUCUCGCGGCCCCAGCUCGUCGAGCGCAGCCUCGUCGGCCCUCGACACGAGCCUCGAAGCGCUCGGGCUCGACAGCCAAACCGACAUGAGCUCGGCGUGGCAGGACGAGCUUUACUCGAGCCUGUCCGAGUCGUCGCCGGUCGAGGCGGCCUUCCCGCCGCGCAUCCCGCGCCUGUCUUUCCAAGCGCCGUCGCCCGAGCAGCUGCGGUGCGGCACAGGCGGCGGGUCGCCGGGCUCGCCACGCCGAGCUCGCAAGACGGCGAUGUCGUCGCCACGUCACCCUUUCGGUCGCUCGGCAACGGCAUCAUCGUCCGCCUCGCCGACCUACUCGCCGAGGCGAUCGCCUCGUCGCACAUCACCGCGCAAGGUGUCGCCGCGCGACAGCCCGACUCGCCCUCGCGCGCUCGUCUACACCUCGUCCACCCGGACCUCGCCUUCCCUCACCUCGCCGGCCAUCGAGGCGUUCCAGCUCGCCCCGACCUCGCCCGUUCAGCCUCCUCGGUCGUCACAUAAGCUCCUCCCCUUUGCCCUGCCCCUCUCGUCCCUCUCGAGCUCCUUUACCCGCCACCGCUCGUCGCCGCCUAAGCCGUCCGGGCUCGACAAAAGCGCGCGCUCGACCGCCGCCGACCGCGACUCGGCGGCUUACCGGGCUCGUCGAGCGGCGAAGGACGCCGCAUGGGCAGAGCGAGAUCGUGCGGCGGCCGCACGAGCAGGUCGAGCGGUCGACGGCAUCAACGUCGAGGAGCUCGACCGCUUCUUCGGCGUCACGCCGAGGCGGGGCAAGGCGAUCAGGGGCGGGUACGUCGAUGUCGCGCUCGAGGAGGGUGUCGUCGGCGCGAGCGGGGGGCGGAGAAGAGGCGGCGAGGGAGAGGAGCAAGCCUGGAGGCGAGCCGAGGAGUUUCGGGGGCUGUUGGACGACGACGCCGAGCGUGACGCGCAGCUCGCUCGAGACGGUCGUCGCACGUCCUUUGGCGACGUCGGCAACGUCUCGAGCGACGACGAGUGCAGCGGCUUUGACGUGCGCACGCGGCGCGGUCCUCCCCCUCCCCUUUUCACCUCUUCCACCUUCUCGACCUCUUCUUCCUCCCGAGCUCGCUCGCACUCCUACGCGAGCUCGUCCUUCUCUCUCGACGACGCCGCCUCGGCGCUCGAUGCACACAUCAGCCUCGCCUCGCCUAUCGACCUGUCGUGCACGAGCCUCCCCUCCCUCCUCCCUUCUAUUUCGCCCUCACCCUUCUCUCCCAUGUACCCCUCGGCCUCGCCCUCGGCCUCGCCCUCGCCCUACGGCUCGUUCGACUCGAGCAGCAGCUGGGCGAGCUCGCAGGCGUCGUUCGGCCCGCGCUCGUCGUCGCUCCCGGUCAAGGGUUAG